AUGGCCCAACAGCAACCGUUCAAACUACUCCGUCUUCAUAAUCUGACUCUUCGAAAUGUUCUACAAUUUCUAAAUCCAAUUGAGUUGUUCGAGCUAUCCCAAUGCUCCCAAAGAGCCCUCUCCAUCAUACCACUAUCUGGUAGCAAGCAUUUCAAGCUGCACAUGAACGAAUCUUUCCACUGUAUCAGUGUCAAUGACCACGUGUUUCGUAUUUAUAACAAUCGCUCCCAAUUGGAAUAUCCUCUGCAUGGAACUCGUACUUUUAUGGAAUCUACUGUAAAGAUUUGUCAUGAGUCAGAGCACGAGCUCGUCAGUUUCUGGGAUAAUGGUUAUGUCGGAUGGAAGACUGUUUUCUUCCAUCUCUCAAACGUAUUCAAAUGCACUAUUGAAUAUGCAAGAUUUUCCCAUACAAUUCCUGCAGAGAUCUUCCUAUCGAUUAUCGAUUUUAUCAGUAGCCGGCAAUCCAAAAUCAAAGAACUCACUGUUUGGGGAGAUGAUCUGACUGAUGAGAACGUGACUGAGAUAUUUAAUAAGCUGAGAGUCACUGAUCGUCUAGAUCUGUGUCAUCAAUUUUCUAUGCCUCCAUCGAUUCCGUUCAACUCAAAAUCCAUUUAUAUGUUGAACUCAUUUUGGAUAACUUUUGAACACUUGAAAUCAAUGAAAAACUGUAUAGUAAUUCACCUAGAUCGAUCUACAUUAACUGAUCGUGAUAUGACAUCGUUGUUAAACGAUUGGAGAUCAGGACAGUUUCCAGAUCUUCAAUAUUUAUCCAUCAAAAGCAAUUUUCUGAGUAGAAACUUCACCGCAUUCGGGCUACCGUCACUUCAGGAUACUGUAAAUCCACAAUUCUAUGCAAGAACGAUCCUUGGUUCGCCAAGAGUUACUUAUGGAGCUAUCGAUUUUCAGAGAGACGAUGGAGUUGUUGCAAAAGUGACCCAAAUAUGCAAAUGCGGUGUAGUUGUGGAACGUCGCAGUUGCGAAGUGUCGCAGUUGCGAAAUGUCGCGAAGCUCUCCACUUCCAAGAUGUUGAAGAUGUCUACUGUUCACCCAAGCACCAAAUCUCAAUUGCCCUUCGAAUAG